AUGUACAAUUGGAUCGCUCGAUUCGGAGUUCCGUCCAACAUCACCACCGACCAGGGACGACAGUUUGAGUCCUCGCUGUUCAAAGUGCUAGCGAAUGCCUUUGGGACCAAACAUAUCCGGACGAUCGCCUACCACCCGCAGGCGAACGGGUUAAUCGAGGGAUGGCACCGUACCCUGAAAGCUGCAAUAUGCUGCAAGGACACCUCUCGUUGGAGCGAGUAUCUGCCACUAAUUCUUCUCGGGCUACGGACUACCUUCAUAAGUGACAUCAGUGCCUCGCCAGCCGAACUAGUAUAUGGAACGACACUCACCAUACCAGCGGAGUUCUUCAACGAGAAGCCGCUACCAUUAGUAUCUGAUCAGUCCGAAUUCGUCAGAACGCUACGGGAAGCGAUGAACAGCAUCCGACCAACGAGAACCGCCUGGCACUCCUACCGAACCGUGUUUGUUUCCCCGGAUCUGAGCAAAUGCACACAUGUUUUCGUUCGCAACGACACCGUCCGACCUGCACUAACAACACCCUACCACGGUCCGUAUCAGAUCCUUACACGAAAUCCUAAGUCAUUUCAGAUACUCCUACAUGGCCAGCCUGCAUUGAUUUCCAUCGACUGCCUGAAGCCGGCAUAUACGAGCGAUGAUGUUGGUUCAACCCUGCAGCAUCUUCCCCGCGACGAGCAGCUACUAACCAACCUUGGACACGACACGCCGACGUCUCUGACGCCGCUUUCAGAGCACCCUUCGACGUCCCGAAUGCCAUUACCCGAGCAACCGGUAACGUCCCGUAAACGCAUGCCGCUAACACGCACGCCGCCAACAUGCACGCCGUCGCUACAACGCACCGACACAACCACCAGCAACGCCCCACCACCGCCUAUCUUACGACACAAGGACAAGUGCGUAUCGAGCAGUGUCACCAGAUCACAGCGGAAGGUAACCAUCCCUUUGCGCUACCGAUGA